GAGAGAGAGAGAGAGGGGUAAAAAAUGGCGGGAACCACAAACCCUGAAAAGGUGGUAGCAGAGGAAGCCAUAAAGAACUGAUACGAGAUAGAGUACUCGCGCUUCUUCAACUACCCUAAGACUCGAUCGUCGUCCCCAACUGCGCUGCGAUCCUUCUCCAAAAACACGAAGCUCCAUCGCGGAGGCGGCACUUGGCUCUCUUCCUCCUCCCCUGCUUCUCUCCGCCUUCUCACUCAUUUCAAUUCCCACUCUCUUCCCCAAGUCCUCCUCCUCAUCUCCCUCCGCGGCAACACUCACGAAGAACACUUUAUUUCAAAGCUGCAAUUUUCCUGGCCUCAGCUGUCAUGUGUUUCACAGUGCCCUGUCAGAGGUAGCAGAGUUGUAUUUGCAUGCUACAAAGAUUGCGUAGGCCAGGCAACCUUCUAAUAUUGCUUUUUCUUUUCUCCUCUUCUGGUGGUAUAAUGGGUGACACAGUGGGAGAUAACCCCUUCCCCUACCCAUAAACUAUCCCUAACCUAGAUGAAGGCAAGAUUUGCUCCCCAGUCUUUGGUAUGACUACCAAUCGACUUCACCAACUACGCCUUCCAAGUUUCUAAAGUUGUUGGAUUCCAAACAAGUCAAGCUUGAUCCAUGAUUAGAUUUCUGUAUAGAAGUUGAGGGAGAGGGCAAAAGGGAAGGGAAGUAAGUCUGAGAUCUUAUAUUGUACAUUGUUUCGGAACUGGAAGAAGAAGCAUGGCCUUAAGUUUACCUUCUCCUUCUUUUCUUCAAUUUCUUCUGCAACCAAACAGAUGAUAUGUGAAAAAGGUUUCUAUGGGUGCUAUUGUAUACCCCUAUAGUAUACUUCAUUUCUUUUUGCUUCUAAAUUUCUUAUCUUACAUUUCUACUCUUGAAUGCUGAGCAUUAAUUGUCUAUUUUCUUUUAUGUUCUCCACAACAUGCUCAGUGACAUUGACCAAUUUCAUUGGCAUCAUUGCUGCCAUCCAUUGUUGCAAUUAGAUGGCGUUAACAUAUUUCUUUUGACUUCUGAACAAGUGAUCAUUUAAACACUUUGAAUGUUCAAGUUACUUUUUUCAAUCUUCCACUUACAACUAUGCCAUUCAUUGUACUGGCCUUUGUACUUAACCCUUACCUUAAACAAUCUUAUGUCUGAUGCUAGAAUUUAAUUUUGUUUCCUCUAUUUGUGGACAGAUGACUAUUGGGUCAAUUUAGUCUGCAGAUGUACUGAAGAGAAAAGUGGCUCACUGGUUUUGUGCUUGACAGCUUUUAUUAUUUUACCACUCUGGAUCUUUUGUUAUCAACACCCUAAGUUCUUAAAAUGAAAAUCAACCGGGUAUUAGAAAUUUAAGAUAAUCAACUGAAGUUAUUAACAUUAGUGCACGGUAGAUUAUCUCUUUUGUUAGUUUUGUGUGGAUGGUGUAUUGUUAUUUAUAAAUCAUGAGAAACCCAUGUAGUUGCAUUUGCAUUUAGAGCAAUAAAUAUUUCAAGGCCUACUAGCAUCUAGGAAUUUUGGUGCAUCAUAGCAUAGGCCGGGGUAUAAUAUCAUGUAAAUUAUCUAUUAUUAACAAUGAUGUGCUCUGUUUGUAUUUAGAUACCAACAUGGCCCAAUAUUGUAGGUGUUUCUAUGUUGAUAUUCUUUCUUUGUUGUUUAGAAACUUUGAUUGAGUGUAGUCUAACUAAUGGAUUCCUAAUAUAUAUUUGCUCAACUAUGUAGUUUUUUUUUUCCCUUUGUGACCAUCCUUAGUUUUGUGAUUUUGCAGAUCCAAAAGUUUGCCAUGCGAUUUUCAAACUCUUAUGAGUCGCAAACAUUCAUAAAUUAUGUAAAGGAGUGCUUCAAGGAUGCGAGGAAUAUUGAGCUUCCAUGCUGCAAUUUGAGAUCAGAAGUUCCGUCUCAAACUGAGAAUUCAAACGAUGUCCAGGAUAGAGCUAACAAGGAAUUAGACUUUGUCAAUCUGAUUGACAAUUAUUCUCAGCUGAUGCAAUCUCCCUUAAAUUACCAAAGUGAACAAUAUGCAUACCCUCAGGAAACAACACUUCCCAAUGACUUGGGUGACACAUGUGAUGCAUUGCCUUCAAGCUUCACAGACCUCCUUUCUGACUGUUGCACCGAGAACCUCCAACGGAAACAACACUUCCCAAUGACUUGGGUGACACGUGUGAAGCGUUGCCUCCAAGCUUCACGGACCUCCUUGCUGACUGUUGCACCGAGGUUGAGCAAGAACCUCCAACAGAACUGGAGGAAGUUGACCUCAAGUCCCAAAUUGCAAGAUAUAUGACUACCACUUCUUUCCAUGGUAAGUUGAAUUUCCUUUUUAAUUAGUUAUGGUUGUUAAUCUUACUGAGAGAUACCCCCUGGAAUCCACUGAAUUUUUCGUAAAUGCUAAAUGGUUCUCCACAAAAAUUUAAUAUCUGAAUGUAGCUAUGGGCCUCCUUUAAUACAAAAGGUUUCCAUUACCUCUCUUAAAUAUCUCCAUCUUUGCUUAUAGAUUGAGCUUGCUCCCUUUUGACCUCUUCCCUUUUCUGUCAGUUCUCAACUGUGUUUACUUAUAUUUUUGCUCUCUUAUUUUAGUAGAUCGUAAGUUUAGUCUACAGUGGAUAAUGAUAUGCCAUCAAAAUGUGAUAUAGAUAGAGUUAAAAUAUCGUUUAUCAUAUUUUAUUUCAUUUGGUGUUACCUAUGUUCAGGAGAAAUUGCUACUCUCUCUGUUGUCAAGUGUU